AUGUUCGGAUGUUCUCCAUUAGUAUUGAAAUGGUUUACGUCAUAUCUUAGUGAUCGUUAUCAACGCACUUAUUUUAAAAUAGGUGUUCCUCAAGGAAGUAUUCUUGGCCCCCUUCUUUUUAUAUUAUUUAUCAAUGAUCUCCCUUCUCAACUUUCACAUUCAGAAUCCACAAUGUUUGCAGAUGACACCACCGUUCUAACAGAAGGUUCUUCCAUUCAUGAUUUAAAUGUGAAACUUAACCUUGUUGCUCAAGAUCUCUCAAGAUGCGCCAACAUGGCUGCCAGCUUAGCUCCAAAGCUCUUCAUUGUUUUAAUAUUUUUAAACUUAUUAACGCAAGUUACCUUAUUUAAAUGGGUGAUCUAUACGCAUAAAAAUAUUGUAUUCAAGGAUCCUGUUGGACUGAUCGUGGAUGGUUUAGUUUCAAAGAGAUACGGCCUCAUUUUCCCGAUCAACUAUCACCGUAUAAUUUUGAGGCGAUCAAACUAUGAAUCGAAUUUCAGAGUCUCGCGUACGGUCAGCAAAUCAACAAAACAUGGUUAUACAAGCCUUAUACUACCAACAAAACCUUUCAAAACGGACUUAACGAUAUGUGUUGAUAUAUCCUCAAAUCCUGGUCCUGAAAUCAGCGAGAGAAAUACAUGUAGAUCAGCCAAGCAAUCCUCAAAGUGCGCGUCGUCAUGCUUGAAUGCCGUCAACGCAAACAAUGUUUAUAAGCCGUCAUUCCUUCGAAGUCUUCGUUCGUCGCCUUCCUCUAAGUAUAUAGACACUUCUCUUUAUAAUUGCCUUGUUUCCCUCGGAAUCUUGAGACCAUUUCGAGGUUGUCGCAGUGGAAGGAGAGUGAAAGAACGCAAUGCUUACCUUCGAGAUCAAAACAUUCCUCGUGCACAACAUGGUCGCCAAAUUUGCAUAUCACCUAAUCAAAACAAUACACCCUCGUAUAAUCACCCCUCGAGCUGUUUUGCAGACAUCGCGUCAUUACAAACAUCAAGACGCAGUGAGUUUGUUCCUAGCCAAGUUGUCCAACCCAAUACGAGGAACUUAAAUAAUCUGAUUUUAAUCAGACCAAACAAACCUGAGAAUCACAAUUUAACUUGCGCGGAUCAACCGAUUGAAACGGACAGUAUAUCAGUCAACACCGGCCUUAUAAAAGUUAUCCAUCUGAACAUACGCUCACUUCGGAAUAAUGUCCACCUUAUCCAACUUCGAGAACUAGUGCGUUCAGCGAAAUUUGACAUCAUCACCAUUUCUGAAACGUGGCUUAACACGAGCGUGACAUCAGCCGAGGUAAACAUUGACGGGUAUAAACUUAUUAGACUUGAUCGUCUACACAAGCGAGGAGGAGGAGUCUGCGCGUAUAUUCGCAAAGAUUUCAAAACUGUAAUCUUGAAAGAUCUAUCUUACAUAUCUGAACGCAACUUUCACCAGUUGUGGAUCAGUGUACAGUGUAAAAAGACAAAAUCAGUCGUAAUUUGUGUAACGUACCGUCCGGAUGAUUCCCCACUAAGCUCGUUUGAUAAUGUUCUCAAGCCAAGUUACAUCCAAGCACUAACGUUAAAUAAGCCGAUUGUAAUACUCGGAGAUUUAAACUGUGAUGUGUUAAAACAGAAUUGUCCAGAAUCCAAAGCAUUGAUCAACUUUGCUAAAGAAAUGAACCUCAGCCAACUUAUAAAGUCUCCUACACGAAUCACCAAUACCACUCAAUCCUUAUUAGACGUUGUAUUGGUCUCCUCGAACUCGCUAGUACGUCGUAGCGGUGUUUUAAAUACAACAAUAAGUGACCACCUUCCAGUCUAUGUCGAUUUCAAGCUGAAAUCUCGCAAACAUCCUCCCCAUUACAUAACCGUUCGUAGCUACAAGAACUAUUCGCCUAGUUUAUUCAUAACUGACCUCGCCAGAAGCUCACACGACAGCUUAUUAUCUAUUUUCAACGACGGUGAU